AUGGGAUCAAUAGCAGUUAACAGGCCAAUUGGCCCUGUAAAGGAAUUUGUCAAGGGCGCAUCAAUUGAAAGGCUUCCAAGCUUGAUUCUUGGGGGUGCCAUUCUCAACACUCAAUAUACUGACAACCCAGAAUCUGUCCCACUUACGGACAUGAUACGAUACGCUUUUGAUCGGGGAAUAAGAGCCAUCGAUACAUCCCCGUACUACGGGCAAAGCGAGAUUUUGUACGGUAGAGCAUUGGAACAGCUUACAGCAGAAUAUCCUAGAGACAAUUAUUUCAUAUGUUCUAAAGUCGGACGCAUUAGACUCGACGAGUUCGAUUACUCGAGGUCCAGCGUCAGGAAAAGCGUGCUGAGGUCUUUGGAACGACUCAAAACGGACUAUAUCGACCUGAUCUUCCUGCACGACGUUGAGUUCAUCGAGACCAAGCAAGUCUUGGAAGCACUGAAAGAGCUACGUGUCCUAAAAAACGAUGGUAUCAUUCACAAUUUCGGCAUCAGCGGAUACCCUGUGGAGUUUCUACUUUCGGUAGCGCAACAGAGUCGUGAAAUUGCCGAAAUAGGGCCUCUUGAUGCGGUGCUGUCGUAUGCCAACUUAAACUUGCAAAACACUCUUCUGGAAGACGCAUUUCUGCGUUUCAAGGACGAAGCACAGGUGAAAGUGGUUGAGAAUGGAUCAAUAUUGAGCAUGUCUCUGCUGCGUGCCCAAGAAACACUGCAAUUCCAUCCUUGCUCUCCAGAAUUGCGGGAACGCGCUCAAAGGGCGGCUCAGUAUGCAGCAGCUCAGGGUAAAGAUUUGGCUACUUUAGCGACAAAGUAUGCGCUUAGCAGGUGGGUCGACCGGGGACCCACUGUUUUAGGGGUGAGCAGCAUCCACGAGCUAGAAAUAGCUUUGCAAAGCUAUUGGGAUGUGGUGGACCGGGAAACCCACGAGCUAAGUGCGAGUGACGUCAAGGACGUUAACUACAUCCAAGAGACCAUCUUUGGCGACCGUUUGAAUGAGACGUGGCAAUCUGGCAUCGACCACUAA